ACAAUAGUAAAACGUUUGCUAUACAAAGCGAGAGUGCAGAAGUCAAACAAACGUUAUCUAAAUUUCUUAUAUUUUUGUUUUUAUUUUUUAUAAUUUUUUUUAAUAAACAAUUAAAAAUGUCUAAUGCACCACCGACAUCCAAUACAUUGCUGUAUAGCAUCGGCUUCAGUUUGGGUAUAACAAUGUUAUCUGGUAUAUCUUAUUGGUAUUAUAAACGUUUCAAGACAUUGGCUACUCCACAGAAAUGGCGACGUGUAGGAACAUUGGAACAAGUCAAUUUAUUUCCAGUGAAAUCAUGUGCACCACUAAAACUCGCUGAUGACGUCGAAGUGGCAUGUGAAGUGUUAGGUUUACGUUUGGAUAGUUUUCGUGAUCGUGGAUUUAUGAUUGUUAAUGAAAAUUAUGAGUUUGUUACCGGGCGACAAUAUCCGCAAAUGGUGUUAAUUGCUACCAAAGUUUUGGAUGCUACAAGAAUUGAAUUUUCGGCGCCAAAUAUGGAAAGCAUAGUAUUGAAUUUAGCAAAAAUAGCUGAAGAAGAACCUGUUAAAGAUGUGCACACAACAGUGUGGGAAUCAAAAUUAGACGCUAUGUUAUGUGGUGAUAAGUAUGAUAAAUGGUUUUCCAAAUUUAUUCUAAAUAAGGAAGAAGGAUUGCAUUUAGUAUAUUAUCCAUACCCAAAACCAGUACGCACAAUCAGACAACGUAUGGCUAAGGAGCCACAUAUAACUAAUGAAGAUACAGGUACAUUUGGUGAUGCUACCAGUUAUAUGCUAAUGAACUUAGCUUCUAUAUCGGAACUUAAUACGCAUGUACCACGCCCAGUUAAUUGUUUACAAUUUCGUGGUAAUUUCCAAUUGAAAAUGGAUGUAGAUGAACCAUAUGCAGAAGAUAGUUGGGGUUGGAUUAAAAUUGGUGAAGAAGCUGUUUUUAGAGUUGUGUCACCAUGUACACGCUGCUUGUUCACAACUAUUGAUGUCGUAACUGGAAAACGUGACCCUGACAAUGAACCACUGAAAACACUAAAUAGUAUCAGAAAAUGGAAAAAAUAUCCUUCACCAGUGUUGGGUAUACAUUUGGGUUUACGUCAAGCUGGCAUAAUCAAAAAUAAGGAUGUGGUAUAUGUGGAAGAUUCUUGAAGAGUUAGGCUAUGCAACUGACUUUACCUAAUUUUUUGUUCUAAUUUUUAUUUAAAAAUAUUUAUAUGUUUUUAACAGGUUAUUAGGUCACUGGUAUAUAUAAUCUUUGUUACAUAUAUUCCGAUUAAAAUGAUUUUUGUUACAAUUUAUUUGUAUAAAUUUUUAAAUACAUUUUAAUUUUUAAAUUAAA